AUGGCGGUGGUAUCACCUUUAGCCAAGGUCAAGCUGGUGUUGCUGGGCGAUCAAUCUGUACGAAAAACCAGCAUCAUCAGCCGAUUUAUGUACGGUAAAUUCGAUAACACUUGUAAGGCCACUAUAGGCAUAGAUUUCUUGUCAAAAACAAUGUACCAUGAAGAUCGAACCAACCCUUUGCUUGCAGCUCUGGACACUGUUGAUCAAGAGAGAUUUAGAAGUCUCAUUUCAGGCUACAUUAGAGAUUCUUCUGUAGCAGUCAUUGCCUAUGAAUAUGAUGUUGCAAGCAAGUCUCCGUUGAAGGAGAUGAAAAGGCUAGUGAAUCUGGGGUCAAUACUCGUGCUUUAUAUUGUGCAUAAAGUGCAGAGUCUCUUGUUUUCUCGAGGGACUUCUGAAGCCUCUAUUCCGAAAAAUAGCUGUUGCAUUGUCCGGAAUGGAAGCUAUUUCCUCCACAAAGCAGGAGGUUAUACAUUGAUGUGA